CAUUCUGAAGCAGUUAGUUGGCCAUCUGCCUGCUUGGCUCACUUGGCCUCUUCUUGCAGGGCCAGCUGGCAGGGUCACCUUUGCUGCAUCGAAGCAAACCAAUAUGCAGGAUCCAAAUGAAGAUACAGAAUGGAACGACAUCCUAAGAGAUUUUGGGAUUCUGCCCCCCAAAGAAAAGGUUAAGGAUGAAACUGAAGAAAUGGUUUUACGUUUACAGAAAGAAGCGGAAGUGAAGCCAUAUGAAAGAAUGAGCAUGGAACAACUCAAAGAAGCUGAAGAUGUAUUUGAUGAGGAAGAUAUGAAGGCUGUUGAGAUGUAUAGGAAACAACGCUUAGAAGAAUUAAAAUCUCUACAGAAGAGACAAAGAUUUGGAGAACUCAGAGAAAUUUCUGGUGAUCAGUAUGUGAAAGAAGUUACAAAUGCACAAAAAGAUGUGUGGGUUGUCAUUCAUCUAUAUAAAACAAGCAUCCCAAUGUGUUUAUUAAUUAAUAGACACCUCAGCCUGCUGGCCACAAAGUUUCCGGAAAUUAAGUUUCUAAAAGCCAUUGCAAACAGCUGUAUUGAAAAUUACCAUGACAGUUGUUUACCUACAAUAUUUGUGUAUGAGAAUGGAGAGAUAAAAGGCAAGUUCAUUGGAACUACUGAAUGUGGAGGAACAACGCUUACAGUGGAAGGACUUGAAUGGAAGCUGGCAGAGGUUGGUGCUCUAAAAACUGAUUUGGAAGAAAAUCCCAGAAAGGACGUUGUGGAUCUGAUGACAUCUUCCAUCAGGAAUGCUUCCCUAAGUGAGGACUGAACCAGUGCCAGCAGAGACUGUGAAGAGACAAUGAUUCUUAAAUAAAAAGAGUAUCUGAAGAAAACAGUUGGCAUAGCUGCACUUAUCCUUGGUCAAAUUACUGUGUAAUGAACGCUGCUCUAAAUAAAAUAAAAUAAAAUUUA